ACAAGUUACAUUCUUCUUCCUAACGCCCUCCCAAUGCGUGUAGACCCGCACCUUCGUUUCACUAGUACUAUAAAUAAGCCUCUGCUUCCGUUGCCUCGGGUUUCAGAUUCAAAACAAAAUUCCUUGUUAUUCUUAGUUUACUUUCCCUAUAUUUCCUCUUCUCAAAUACUAGUACUAUUUUUGAAAUCCAACUUUCUUUAACCUUCCGAAACAGAGACCAUCGCCCAAGAGAAAAAAGGGGGAAACCAAAUAACAAAAAAAAAAAAAAAUGGUGACGCAAAUUGAAUCCGAGAAGAAGAAGAGCUCAGAAACCAUUAAGUUUCUUUGCAGUUAUGGAGGUAAGAUUCUUCCUCGUUCUACCGAUGGCAAGCUCCGUUACGUUGGCGGACUUACCAGAGUUCUCUCCAUCGAUCGUUCUGUUUCAUUUUCAGAGCUGAUGGUGAAACUCGUUGAAUUCUGUGGAUAUUCCGUAACGUUAAGGUGUCAGUUACCGAACGGUGAUUUAGAUACGUUAAUUUUGAUAAAGUCGGACGAGGAUUUAACGAACAUAAUCGCUGAGUACGACGAAGCGGCGUUGAUGUCAACGUCUGCACCGUCAAAGAUCCGAGCAAUCCUUUCACCCCCAAAGUCGCUCAAGCAAAUCUCUCCUCCUCUGUCUAAUACUUCCAGCGUCAACUUUUCCUCGUCAAAAUCGUCCGAUUCCGGUUCUCCGGUGAAAGCCAGAUUCCGUCCCCGGAGUUUCUCUCCACCACCGCCAAUGGCAUAUUCCGUCAGAGCUUGUUAUCAUAGUUGCCACCCGCUGCAGAAUCCUCGUGUAUUCUUUAACGCUCCCUGUUCUAAUUGCUGGCAUUGAAACCAGAUAGUCCAGAACGGAAGAAUGACUAAAGAGCCCCUCAGUCUGAGGCUUAUGGUAUAUGAUAUAGAACAAAUAUGCAAUAUAGAUGAUGACGAAUUUGCGAUUAAUAGAACUUAAAAUUUGAAAAAAUAGUUAAUCUGUGGAAUUUUUGCAAAUUUUUUCGUUGUGCGUUUGGAUUGUAAAGUGAGAUUUGAGAUGUGUAGUUGUUUUAAAUUGAUGAAUCUCUGAGGUGUAAUUGUUUCCACACAACUUCCCUGCGCCAUUAUCACAAAAUUUUGACCGUUAGAGUUCCGUUUAUUCAUUUACCGCCGUGACGGGUUGGGAAAAUUUCAAAUUAGGCAAUCAAUCACAGUAGUGUGUUUUCUGUGAGGGCGAGAAAUUUGCAGCGGUUGAUUAGUUCAGUUGUCUGACACGUGCCAUGAGUUCAAGGACAAAAGUUAGAAGAUGAUUUGUUGGUCAAAAUAACACAACGCAGGUCAAAGGAAGGUUGGGAUGAGUGCUGUAUGUACGGCGUACACUUGGUUAAGAAAUGGUAUUUGAUUUGACACCUGUCCUGCACUUGAACUUUCUUCAGGGGAACUUAGGAAGACUGAGAAUGACGGGUGGGUUUUAAGAAAGAAAAAUGUUGGAGGGAGGAAGAGUCGAAAACGCGUGGCAGUUGAAGUCUAGGAAAAAUAAUAAUCCUCAGAGUCCAUGGCGAGGACGGUGGACAGGAAACCGGCAGAGACAGGACAUGAAAGAUUUUAAGUAAUUGGCAAGAUGGGCAUUAGAUUUAUUUGAAACUUACAAAUUUUGGUUAUGGGUCAAAGUCUUGUGGAAGUAAACGAUAUUUGGCAUUA